GACACAUGAUAUCCAUCUAACCCGUAUACCCACAGUCACUCUCCCAAACAAAGAUGGCUGGCUCUCUUCGAGUUUUCUCAAUGAAAUCGCCAUCUUCCAACUUAAGCUUCACGAAGAUCAAAAGCCUAAUCCACACCCUCAUAUAUACGCACAUGUGCCGCAUCAUUCGAGCUCUCUCCAAAGCCAAAACCACCCUCGUUGAGUUUGUCAAGGAAAUUCAGCACAUCCAAAUCAUAUUCCCCCAAGACAAGAACAAGAACAGAAAGCUAUUCUUUGGGUCAUUUAGGCUACACUAUAACUGGUGUUCUUCCCAUGUGGUUCCUGUACCUGCUCCUGUUCUAAACGGGCUUUCCGAGACCCAUUUCUACUAUGAUUCGACGUGGAAUUCUGUUCUUUACACGGGUGAUCAGCAAGGCAAGGACGGCGGGGAGUCGCAGCUUUCCGGCUACCUCCGGUGGCUUGAAGAAAAGGUUCCUGAUGACAAUUCUACCGGUGAUCAGAAGGAUGUCGAUGAUGUUGAUAAGCUUGCCGAGAUGUUCAUAGCAAACUGCCACGAGAAGUUCAGGCUGGAGAAGGAGGAGUCAUACAGGAGAUUCCAAGACAUGAUGGCUAGAAGCAUAUGAAUCCAAGACACAAAUGCUGGAUAGAAGCAUGUGAUUCCGAGAGUCCUCAGGCCGGCCGCUUGCCAGAAUCAUGUCAGAUAUGGUGUUUGUUGUACCUUUUCUACUUUCCCAUUCUUUGAUGUUAAAUUUGUAAGAAGCUGGGUGGGAAAGUACAGUGAUUGAUUGGAUUCAGUUUUUAGUUUUAAUUGUAUGCUUUUUUCGUAUAAUCUU